AGGAACAUGAAAGAGUGACAAUAUUCCUGGACAUAAUUCCCACAUCAAUGUCAUACUCGUACCUGCCGUCUCAAAUUCAAAGUGACAUCUGUAAUGAGAUUGUUGACAUGCUGAACAAAUUGCAGUUGACCACAAUCCAGGAUUUAUGUUGGGAGAAUCACUGUGAAACGUAUUUUUCACCAUCACAUGGAUGAGGAGGUACACUGUAAUGUUAUACUUUGUCUGACCUUGCAGAAGAAGAAAUAAAGACAGCUGGGUAUAUACUGACAAGUUAAAAAUUUGGCUACAAUUGUUAUCUGACCAUGGAUCCUAUUCACAAAAAGGUCCUUGCAAACAAGACUUCUGAAAUAAUGAAGAGGAUUUCAAAUCCAGUGGUUUUAUCUGCACAUCUUAAAGCAAUAUUUAGUACUGAAGACUUGGAGGAAGUCGAGGCGAAAACUUCGCAGCGUGGGGCUACCACUGGAACACAAACCAUGCUCAGUUUACUGGAAAAGAGAGGACCCAAGGCUUUUACCCUGUUUAUACAUGCCUUACUAGAUCCUUCCAUUAGCUGUGCUGAUUUGGCAGAUGAUUUGGAGCAAGAAGAAAGAAAACUACGAGGGGAAGCAGGUGAGUUCUUCAUCCAUUGGGAAAUUACUGCAGUAUUAUUGCCAACGAGCAGCCUCACAAAGAUGUGAGGCUGCAAGGCGGCAGCCUAAUAGAGCCAUGCGUGAUUGUUCCAGGGGCAGAAAAAAUCUUGAAUCAAUGUAACAUAGAGUAAUGUAAGGCAACCAUGACAUAAUGAAGAACAGAGAAUGCAUUGUUUUCGAGAGAACACGUGAUACAGAUCAGAGAAUCCACGAGCUAUGUGCGUGUUUGUGAGUCCCGUGUUCAUUCCGUCUUCAACCAAUCCUUGGGUGGAUCAUUUCCAUCCUAUAUGAUAUCUGUCGCAUUUGCCCCCUGGAAUUGUUUAUUGCAUGCUGCUAAGAAAAAUAAUAACGUCGCGAAAUUUUUUGUCUUUGAAGCAAAUUAAUUCGUAAGGCUUUAUUGGUGCACCAUAAAUUUUUUUGCUUAAAAAAGAGACCAAAUAUAAGUCUGUGCGUUGAAUAUUCGCAGACAUUAAUAUGAUUUUUUGAGGAUUUUAAGUUUGCUUAUAAGUUCACUAAAUUUUACGCAAAAUGACUUGGCUGUGCAACUUUGGACAAAAAUACGAACUUCAAAAUCUCGAAAAAUUUGCUAUGUAAAGUCGGGAUUUUAAAUUCUUUAUGCAGUAGAACAGUUUAGUUCGCUAUUUUCAAGAGACAACUUAAAGUAAAGGGCAUACAUACACCAAACCCAUGAUCCGCCUUCCCCGUGCAUGUCGUGGGAGAACUGCUGUGUGAUUCCCAGCCAACAGCUCCCCCAUGUGUUGCCACUUGAAGGACUCCCCUCGGCAGGAAAGGGUCUUUUAUACAUGGGUUUGCCCCGUUCACUGACUGGCGGCUAUGCCAUGCUGAUGACCCCCAGUAAGGGCGAAACAGCUGUCCAUGGCUCCCACUGCCCGUAUAAUAUGGCUGUGGACAUGCGUGAGGUAAUGGCCAGGCCGUGGGUUGGUGUAUGUUUGCCCCUUGCUUUAAUUUACUGGUAACUUGUUAUCCACCUUCCCUGUGCAUGUCAUGGUAGAACUGCUGUGCAGUUCCCACAUGUGUUGUUUGGAGCUGGCGCUUGAUAGACUGCUUUGCACUCACCUCGGCAGUAAGAGGUUUUUGAGACGCGGGUUUUCCCCGUUCAUUAACCCAAUGCCUUUGCCACGCUGGUGAGCCCCAAUAUGGGCGAAACAGCUGUCUGUGGCUGCCACUGCCCGCGUGAUAUGGCUGUGCGCAUGCGUGAGGUACUGGCUCGGCUGUGGGCUGGUGUGUGUGUGCCCCUUGCUUUAAGUUCGCAUUAUUUUCAAGGUAAUUUUCGCUAAUACAAUCGAAUUAAGUUCAAGCUAUUUUUCAUCAAUGACUGUAUGUUAUGGCAUUUCUAUACAAAUUCAACAGCGCGUGCAUAUAGGUAGAAUCUUUUCUUGUUUGCAUUUAGCAAUAGCUAUAACUAAUUAAAAUAAGAUUUUAAGCCACGGCAUUGUAGUGCUGCUAAAUGCUCUUCUUGAGGCUUAUUGAUUGAAUAGGUCAGUAUGUCAGCUUGUAUCUUCAAUCAGUUGUUUUCGUUAUAAAAAAAUAAUGUAGCACAAAAGUGGGUUGCUUUUUGAGCUAUUUUUUGGGUGUUUUUAGUUUGUGCUUCAUAAAGUUGAUACAGCCAUGUCAAAGUAACCCGAGAUCAGGCCCAAUUAUAGCAAGUUUCAUUCUCUCUUUUUACGUGUCACACGUCAGAACAUUUACUUACCAAGCAAAAUGAUAAUAUAGCCUGAUCUCAGGUUACGCAAAAACUUCGGUGAGGUCAACGAUAAGGAAGGGGGCGAGGAGAAGAAGGCAGAAAACCUUGGUUUGCCCAGCUGUAUAACGAACUACUAACAAAAAACACACCAAAAAACAACCUGCACUUUUAGUAUGAUAAUGAAAAUGAGUAACAAAAAAUAUCAUCUAGUUACAAUAUCCUGGACAAAAGUCCUUGGGACAGUACUGCAAUAUUCAUAUUUUUCUGUCAUUUCUCCGAUCGGUUCCCUCUUAAAACAGUGCAUCCUUUUCGAAAUUUUCUUGCAGUUCUCCCUUCCCCCAGCAUGCCAUAUGCAUGCCCCCAUUCAUUUUUUGGUUAUUGAUUUCAUUACAUGUGUAUUAAUUUUUUUUGAAAGGUUGUAAGUCCCACGACGGGGCCACCAAGUUCAUGCAAAAACCCCCAAAAUUCAUCCUUGUUCUCAAGGUUCUCGUUCUCUCUUUCUUCCCUCCUUCCUCCCCUCCCAAAAUCUGUGAGAUUUGCCAGAGAGUGGUGAAAGCAUCACACUUGUCCUUUCUGAUUAUUUUUGGAAUUUGUGGAAUUUUUGCAAAAUUAUGUGCAUGCAAAAAUUAGAAAGAAUAAGGUAUUGACGUGUGUUGUAUUUAUUGAAACAUCUAUUUGGUCGAAUAAGAGCUGAGUAUACCAUAUUAUGCAUUUAUGCAGAGUUUUAUAACAACAUAUUAAAUGAAAGAAGAAAUUGUGAAGCAUUUAAUUUGUUGAGACAAGCAACUUAAAUUUGUUAUAAGUAUUGCUAAAGUUGCGUGUAUAUGUUGGGGUUCAAUUUUAUCCCUGGUUUAAAUGUUAUUCCCCAUUGUUUUAAGCUCAUUAUCAUACAUUACCAUACCCCAAAACAAAGGGAAAUAAAAUUUAAACCAGGGAUGAAAUUGAACCACAACAUAUAUACAUGUAAGUAUUAUAAUUAUUAGAUGAUUGUUUUACAAAUGAUGACUUUCUUGAAAAUAUUUUAUUCUUUGAGGUUAAAAUUUGUUGACAACAACAGCUCUGUUCAAUUUAGUACAUUUCACCAUUGGUUGUGCUUUGCAAACUAAUAAUACAUCAUAUGUCGUACAUGUACACUGUUACAUACCUCUCUAGGGCUCCUCUGUUAACUCCCGUUGUCAAAUUUUAAUACAAGUUUGAUUUAAAUGGAUUAAACAGGGGCUUUAAUAAGAGAAGUGACCAGUGCUCCAGCAUCACCUAACCAAUGGGACAUUAAUGAUUCUGCAGGAACUUUUAACUUUGAACAAAAGAAAGUCACCCUAGGUAAGCCCAUUGAUUAUAUUAAGAAAUCUAUGGUCUUUCUUUGCCCUGAAUGCACUACAAAUUAAUGUUGCUGGGAAAUGAAAAUUUUGUCUUCCGAUCAGAUGCUUUAGGUCAGGUCCAAAACCCUUGACCAAAAUGCAUGUCUAGUCCAGGUGCCUUAUCCAACCUGGGACUUUUUCCAUCAUGAUGUCACUUAUUCUACAAGGUUAUGGGCAUAACAGACUGUACUGCAAUGUUGAUUUCCUCUUUUUGUCAACUCAUUUAGGACCAAUUUGCUUGCGAAUCUUCAACAUUCUUCCAAAUUACUUCUGUUUAAGGGAGCUUGCUAGGUUCAAGUUUGGUCAGUCACUCAGCAUACAUGUAAGGUGUCAUGCUUAGUUGGUGUACUGCCCCUUGUUGGUAAUGGUUGAACUAACCCAAGGGAUAGCACAAUUUCCUGGCUUCUACAUGAAGCCCAGCUUGCAUCCAUGAUGCCACUUUGACACAGCACCAAGCCUGUGUGCUGCGCUUGUGGUCAGUGUUUCUAGCCAUUUUUGGCCAUGGGUGGGGCUGUCAGACUCCAUGGUAUCGGUAUUAUCAUACCUCUCUCUUUGGGCCUUUUCCCAGCGUUUUCUUGUUUAUCUCAUACAGUGGCAUGUGUAAUCGGAGUACCAAAGUGCCUUUUUGUCAUCUGGGCUGAGCAGCCUUAUGUGAUAAUUUAAGUAUGGAACACAAGGCUGAAGAGCCUCUAGUUUAGUGUGUGGACCAUAAAGAUUGAGCUUUAUCAUAUUUCUUCUUCCACAUUGUUGUUGUUGCAGGGUUUAUGGUGUAAAAACUACUAUUUUUAUAACUACUGUUGUAUCAUUAACCAACCAUCAUCUUUAAUAGCAAAUCAUUGCUCUGUCAUUCUUAAUCUCAUCGCAAGAAAUUUGCAAUCAAGUGACCACGGCAUUACUGUUUUUGCAUAAAUAAUUGCAUACUCAUGUUCUUUGUUUAUUAAAGCUUUGCCCAGAUUGAAGGCUAUGGUGUGCAUCACUGAUUGAAGAAAAGAAACAGUUGCACAUUAUGGUGGAACCUCGAUAUAACAAACCUCUAUAUAAUAAGUCCUUGGAACAAUAUUCUUCAUCUCAGCAAUAGUACAAUGUAAAAGAACCUCAAUAACCUUGUUAUAGCGAACAUAUUUUUUUACCAGCCCGCUGUUGCUCCAUUAUAUCAAGGUUCCACUGUAACGUUUUUGUCAAGUUGAGAACACUACUCGUGGUAUUUAUUUUUUGUGUAUUUUUUGGAUAGUAAAACUGAAAAAGCACUUUAUCAGGCUAGUUUUAGUGACUGGUUUGUUUAAUUAAAAUUAGGUUCUCUUGUUAAGGACAUGCCUUUUGCACUGCGCACGAAGAUUGAACGGAUGAUGAACGUCAAUAACCAUAAUGACCUUAACUGGAGGGGUUUGGCUGAAGCCAUGAGUUUGUCAGUUGAUGAUGUGCGACAGAUGGAGGAAGGAGAAAAUGGGAAAAUGACAGGACUCUUUGAUAACAUGAUACAUACCAAAAAAACCAUUAAAGAUUUUCUUGACUUUCUGAAACAUCCUGCUGUUCAGAGACUGGAUGUCAUAGAUGAAAUUGUAGAAGGCUGUGGUCUUCCAAAAGAAGUGUCAGAAAAUGAAAGCUCUGAACUCUAUGAAACAGGUUUGUUUGUUUGUUUGUUUUACGUACUAAAGCUGUUUAUGAGCUACUUUUUAUCUUAUGAAAGCCCGAAUUAUCGCUGUGGUUGAGAUAUGCAAAUGAGUCACUCACGUAGGGCUCGCUCUGAAGUUGACCGAUAUGAAAACGACAUAUUGUCGUUGUUGCCGAAGUGUACUUUGGGCAACGUCGGGGCGGUUCGGGCAUGCAUUCACACGGUUACUUAGCAUUAGAUAACACGGGGUGAAGCGUGAUUGGACGCCUCAUAAAAGUUUACACAACGCAUAAUUCUCUUGACAUGACGAUAACAGAAAUCCUCUAACCUUGUAGAAUUACUGAUAGAAAAAGAAAAUAAAACUACAGAGCGCCAGUUAUUCACCUUCGUCACGUGGCGGCCGUUAAUUUGUCUCAGGAGAUUGUUUAUGCACCCCUAGCCUCGUAGAUAGAACGAGGCUAGGGGUGCAUAAACAAAGCUUUUUAAAUCUCCUGAGACAAAAUGGCCCCCGCGUGACAAAAGCUAAUUGAGAGAACAUACUAGAGAGUUUUAAAACACUGAUCUGCACGGUUAUUACGGUUAAGCACUGAACUGAAAACGGUAGUCUGAAACGUCAUACGUCUCCACCCACUAACCCGUGGGGGCACGGGGAGAGAGACAGCGCCAUCCACGGGUUAGGCGUAUUACAUUUCAGACAAUGAAAACGGUCAGCUUUCAAAUAAUUUAUUGUAAUGGGAUACGGCAUAAAAAAUUACUGGAUUUGGUAGCUAGUCCUCGAUCGUGUGGUGGAUAUGAAUGUAGCUGUUACGAAGAAAAUGACUCGCGUUCAAAGCUUCCCAGUUCUGUUUAUCAAUCAUAUUUUAUAUCACAUAGUAAAGUAAGACUUAAGUUGUUCUUCGUAUAAUUUUACUGAAGGAAACAAUCAGACUUCAGCCGAUGUUACCAAAUGCUUUUAUAGCAAUAAAAGGGGGUGGUAGGCCUACACGACUUUUACCUCAUGCCAAAAUGCUGCUUAUUCCAAUAAAGUUUUUUUUCUCUCUCUGCUGGAUAGAUUAUGCUCUGGAAGGUUCAGCAAAUGUGAUUUUAGCCGCAUGUUUCACACUGAGAGGUCAUGGCACACAUCGAUUUACUGUAGUUAUUGUUUCCGGUCGGCAGGAUUUGCCCUCUGAUGCAAGCGCAUUUUCUUUGACCUCUUUUGAAGCGUAAAGCUUUUUUAUUACGGCUGAAUAAGGGUUCCAAUUUUCUUCAAAGUGCCUGCUGGAUCUGACUAACUAAGUCCGUGGGUGUAAUGUCAGCCAAUCCCAUAAUCUAGCCAUAAAAUAAAUAUUUAUACCGGAGCUGUUUCCAGGCACAACAAAUAUCUUGCUGAAUUCUUGCUCAUGCGUUGUUCAAAUUGUCACGCAUGUGCCAGGGUCAGUGAUAAUUGUUUGGCUCAGUGUCGCUCGUUUGUCAGGCCAGAAUCGCGUAUUUGUCUUGCCCGGAAUUUUUAUACGGAAUUAGAAAAGCAAAAAGGAGGAAAGAACGCAGUAGAUUAAAGAUAAAUGAGCUGUAUCCGCCGGGACUAUGAACUGCCGACUGGGUAUAGAAUGCCCUGUGUAUAAAACACGGACUAGAAGCUGCGGUCUGUUCGACUGUUUUGUUUUGCUGUCUAAUUUUAUCAAUUUGUCAAAUUGUAUUUCCCUUUAGAUCCAGAGCUGAAAAGACAGCUUCAAUUUGAUGGAUGCUUCUUGCAUCCUGAGAAGUAUGAUCCCGUGAAGUUCCUAGGAUCUGGAGGAUUUGCUCAGGUACUUUAGUUUUACUGACUGAAAUAUUUUGUGGCUAUUAGUAGUAGCUCAUUAUCGGACCCAUGUGCACCCAAACUAAACUCCACAGAGGUACGUACAUGUAUAGUAGAGUGAGUGAUCUGAGGAGGGGCACAGGACUGUUAUAGGAACUUAGUGCUUUAGGAAAUUUGCUGGGCGGCCAACAAGUAGACAAGCAAAAAAUUAUCUUCUCAACUUAUCCCAGCUGUGAAAUUGACUCACGAGUUUUACAACGUCCAUGAUUGUUAAGUACUGUUACGAAAACGAGCAGGAGCGUAUUAUCAGGUUUAAAAACUUGAGGCGAAGCCGAGAGUUUUUAAACCUGAUAAUACACGAGUGAGUUUUUUGAACGGCUUCAAAAUCUCUGAUAAAGAUCAACUCAUUUUCGCACUAAUAUUUAGACUUGGGGUUAUUUUCCUUUAAAAAAUGGAACGUAAAGUUUAGUGGUGUCUCUAUUAGAUAUAAAGACACUCAUUAAACGUUAAUUUCUUUUGUUUUUAUAUGAAUUAUUAAUGAGUUUUGAAUGAAGUUUUAUCCGCAAUGAAUUUAAUUUAAGGUGUUUCGAUACACGAUUUUUUUCAGUCGCCUUAAGAUCGCUAUAAAAUGUUCACCACUAACUGACACUGGAUUGAAGUAUGUCAAAAUGUAGUUUUAAGUAAAAUCGAUUUCACUAUGGCAACAGUAAACAAAAAAAUUGAAAGCCGAAUUUUGCGCGAUCUAGACCUGCAACUGAAAAUCCGACAGCAGGAACUUAAAGUGUGGUGUUUAGCAAAUAACCCCCGUGGGAGGUAAAAAAUUCUGUAUGUUUGAAUUCAAAUAAAACGUAAAUAUAUUUCAAAGCUUAUAUUUUCAAUAGUCGUGAUAAAUUGUUGUAAUAAAAAAGUUCUAAAUAACUCAAGUUCGUCUUAGUUAACGUUCGAAUGCUGCUUAAUAUGAUAUUUCGCUGCAAGGAAAUUUUGGUGUAUUUUCUUUCUUGCGAUCCUGAAAACCAAGUAUCAUUUAGGCAGGUGGUGAGAAAACAGGUUAGUUUUCAGGAUCACAAGAAAGAAAAGACACCAAAAUUUCCAAACAACGAAAUAUGAUAUUAGGCAGCAUUCUGACAUUGCUUAAGACUAACUUGAGUUAUUUAGAACCUUUUUAUUAAACAAUAGGGGGGUUUCGUAUUCCCGGGCGGCCUAGGACGAGUGCUUGUUUUUGCGCGAAAGCGAGGCUAAUGCGGGUCACGUCUCACCAAGAAAACAAACACAUGAGAAAACUGCUGCUGAGUUGCAGAAAAAAAAGAAAAUUUGAAACGAUGAAAGGUUUUGGAGGUCUCAAAACUUACUUACGGGCUUGAGAAAUCAUUUUUUCAAACAGCAUUGGAAAAUCAGUUUGUCAUCACUAACUGAAGAAAAACAACGAGCCUAACCAGAAAUUGACCGAAAUAGUGGUCGGUGCCGAAGUGAGUUCAAUAAAAAUGCGAAGAUGGUUUCAAAAUCCUUAAACAAGGUAAUACCCUGAAGUCAUUUUAAUUUUAUUUUCAUUGAUGGUCAAAAGUUCUUUAAGCCAUACCUUCCAUUGGAGUGUACACACUUGUCGAAAUCCUGUAAGUUAGACUGAAACCUUCGAACUAUAGUUGACAUGUUUUCUAACGGAGCGAAUGCAAAAUCUUGUGUAUUUGAAAAAUAAUAAACCGACGGAGCAGACGUUCUGCAAAAAUUCCUUGUACUGUCGGGAGGUUAAAUCGGUUUAAACGAAGAUGACUAAAAUAGUGUAAGUUUAUUUAUACAUGAACUUACAUUUAGCUUACAUUAUUUAUCAAAAUAUUCAGUCCCAUAAAGAAAAACGUAUGCACAUUUCACUCGACAAGAACUCGAACACAGAAUUUUAUACAAAUGAUAUACUGAGCAGUUUAAACUCCAUUUUACAGAUAUACACAAGAGUAAAAUAGAAUACUUAGAAGUACGAUAAUUAAAGGGAAUAAAAUAAAUUCAUUUUAACAAACUUUACCCGUUUCAAGCUUAAAAUGUCUACUUCCUCUUUUGGCUUCGUCGCUUUUUUCCUUUCUUCUGUUAAGUACGAUCAACUUUUCUCACAAUUUCGGUGUUUGCAACUGAUAUCCCUCUGGCUUACUGGUAAAGUUUAAGCUUUGAAAUCUUACUAUUUUUGAGAUUUCUAUCGUUUUCCAGCGACUCAGCGGCAAAUUACCUCUGUUUGUUUUUGUUUUCGCACAGAAGUUGACCCGCAUUAGCCUUGCAAUCGUGCUCGUCCCAGGGCCGUCGGGGAAUACGAAACUUGCCCACGACUAUUGAAAAUAUAAGGUUUGAAAUAUAUUUACGUUUUAUUUUGACAAACUUCAGUCCAAUGUCAGUCAGUGGUGAAAAUUUCAUGGCGAUCGGACAAGGAUAAAAUCACUUUUAAGGCGAUUAAAAAAAAAGGUUAUGGUCACCGAAAAACUGCGUCGAAACACCUUAAACUAACACAUCAUUCCAAGGCUGUUUUUUUUUUUUAAGUUACCAAUGAAUUGAAAGGGGCUAAGUAUGCAAAAAAUCUAAGUUUUAUGCACAAAGAUAGAAAUAUCUGCAAGGAAGAGUUUAGCUGGAAAAUUUUUAAUCGACGUCUUCUUGCCAGAAGUUCUGUUCCCAGGCCCAGAACAGGUAUUUCGAGGCCAUGUCACUCGUCAGAAUUGACCUUAACAGGGCCUCGAUAUCACAUGGCGACGCAGAGAUAUGAAAUAUGUUUCUUCCAGAUUUGAAAAAUAUUUCACAAGUGAGCCCAGUGAACAAGUUAAUUAUUAAUAUUUUUCAUCAGGUGGAGAGAAAUAAUUUUUUGUAUCUCCAAGAGGCCAUGUAUUGUAUUUUUUAUAUAAACACCGAUGAAAUACCAAACUACUUCACUUUACAGUAGAACCUCGAUAUAACGAACUACCAAGGGACCGGCAAAAUAUGAUUCGCUAUAACGAGGUUCUUUUUCAAAUAUUUGACUAUUACUGAUUACUGAGAUGAAGAAUAUCAUUCGUUAUACCAAGGACUUCGUUAUACAGAGGUUCGUUUUAUCGAGGUUCCACUGUCAUAUUUUUUGCUUCGAAAGGUGCAAUUUAUUUUUUAGCCAUUGCAACGGUGAUCUUUGUGCACAUAUGAAGAUAACAUGUUAUAAUAUUUUUACAUGUGAAGAUAUCAUGUUUUUGUGUGAAAGCUCACCUGGCAUUUCAUUGGUGUAUUUAAGUAAAAUGAUAUUUUUUGUAGUCUUUUUUUUCUGAAAGACUGAAAUAUUUCGGACCAAAGUGGUGGCUCACUUCCAUGAUCAGAAUACCCCAGGGAAACUUUUAGACUUUCUCCUAAUCAGUCCUUGAUUUAUUUCUUAUGUGACAAUUCUAGGAAUUUACUUAGUCUCCAAUUUACAAUGCAUCAUAGAUUAACAAAAACAACUUAAAGUUUUAAUUUCGAGGCUCUCAAGGCCCCACUUGAUUUUUAGCAGAAUUAGGCUAGUUAUCAUUAGUUACAAAAUUUCAUAGGCAUUAUGCAAUCCAGUGCAAUCUUGGAUCAUAAUUGGUAGGGGGAGGGAUGUCUAGAGGAACACUUCCAGAAAAAAAUUAAUGUAAUUCUUCAUUUGAAGUCUCUGGACACAGUUAAGUACAAUGAAAAUUUCACUUCUGUUUAACAUUAUUCGUAACGUUUCCUUAAAGUUAAAGUUUGGUUAACUCUUAGAAUUUUAAGGGCAAACUGAGGCUUGAUAUUCUCAUAACAGGUCUAUCUUGUGAUUGAAAAACGAACAGGCAAGAAAAUGGCUGCUAAGAUGUUUAAUCUGGGGGCAAAUACAAGAGACAAACAACAGGUAAAAAGUUAUGACUACAAUUUGUAGCAAUAUUAUCGUUUCGUUUAUAGUCAAGGCAGUGCAAAAAAACCUUUUUGUGUUCAUUUUUCUUGUUCUUGAUCGUCACUUGGUAUUUCUUGGAUUUUGGUUUGCUGGUCUGAAUAUGAAGUUCUCUUGUCCAAAAAAUCCCUACUUCACUGUCCCCAGAGUAAGUAAUAAGACGUGAAGUGACAUUUUCAGAGGGAUUGAGUGAACAAAAGGUAAAAAAUAGUAAAGGUCCUUAUUUUACAUUGGUAAUCUGUAACAAUCACGAUUUGACUGACAAACCUGAGGCUGAUAGCACUCUCAUUUUCUUACUGUACGCGAUAUUUACAUUCCGUUUGUUUAUUAAUGAGAACAGUUGUUCAAGAAAUGUGAAUGCGCUGUACGUUGUAUUUGUCAUUCCGGCCCUCAAGUUAUGAAAUUUGAGCCUGCUCCGAUAAUACGGCCAAUUUUUUUUGUCCCAUUGGUGUAAUUUAAUCAAAGGGUGCCUCUGGCUAACUCGUGGAUUAAGUAUUUUACACAUGAAAGCUGAUAAUCAGCUUGCAAUAGUCUGUCAAACAAUGGAUCACACAGUGCAAAAUCUCUCUCACAAAUCUAGGGCUUAGUUUGCCAGUUUAUGUUGGACACAUUUUACGAUCAAAACAUAUGAGAAGGGGCUUGGACGUUUCUGGCUAUUCCUUCUUUCCAGGGAACAUACGUGACAGUAGGUCCCUAUAUAAGGCUAUUGUUUACUCGCUGUAGUAUUGAGUUUCCUGUCUUAAGACAGUAUAAGUGGCUCAUCCCCAGUUCCCGGUCUUAGUCAUUUUUCUUAUUGUUAUGCUUCCAAUAAUUGUUUACGAGUAAACUUUGACUUACCUCGUGAACAGUUCGAUAGUUCUCCAACUCUAUUCCUCCUACAUGUAGUUCGUCUUCCAUGCGAUGUUUACUUGCAGGUUGACCACAUACAUGUGUAGUCUGUGGUUUCGAAUCAUGAACUCGUCAAUUGUGCAGCUAAUGCUUGGCGUGCUUACAAUACUUGUUUCGUUCAAGAAGUGCUCGUUUAACAGUAUUGCUCAUUACAGUUUGACAAAUAAAACUCAUUCUCAUCAACGCUUAAAACAUUGGCAUGAGAUUACACAUUUUGAGGUUACUUUCCAGUUAGGUUGAAGUUAUUUACCGGCUUGACACACUCCUUGUGAGCUUGGGGAGUCGAAGAGCAAUUGCUCAUCUCUACGUCAUGUUAAGCGCCUGGACGAGUCAAAAAGCUUCAAGAGUUCAUGAAAUUCUGUCUGCAAGUUAGUCAUUUGAAACAUUCGAAGUCCGCAUGAAGACAACUUACCAUCCUAUAUAAUGAAAGCUACAAAAUCAUAACAUUGAAUGUACGAUCCGCAUUUCUUUAUCGCGGGGACGUCAAGGAACGAUCGACCUACGACAAGAUUGUCGUUUUGAUAUCGGAAGUUCUUUUGCCGUUCGACUAAUCACGAACGUUAUCCACACCUGAUUGACACAUUUGCAUAUCGCAGUGCCCACAAUAACUCGUUCCUUACGCUACGCGUAAUCCACGAGUUAAAAAAUUUAGUUGAAUUUUGACUUUUGUCACUUUUGGAAAAAGGGUGAAGAUUUUUUUAUUAGGGAAUUUUAGAUAUGGUUGUUGUCAAAAAUGGUUUAUCUUUCGUUUUUGGUCUUAGCUGGUAGAGUCUAUGGAAACUGAAGUCAGGGCUCUAACUUCAAUUAAACACGAGCAUAUUGUAGAGUUCUUUUUUGGGGAGCGUAUUCGCAACACCGGUCUUCUGUUUCUGGAGUAUAUGGAAGGGGUAAGAAAAAUUUAAGUUAAUCAAAAUAAGUUGGCUUUAAUUUUAUAUAUAAAAGUUCAGAUAGAGUGACUUUACUUAACCCGUGAAAUAGGGAGAAUACUAGCUACGCACUAUUAUGCACUUAUUCUAUUGUCUUCUUUUGUUUAUUUGUAGCUAUUUUGCACUAGUUGUUAUUAACUGUUUCACGGGUCAAGUAAAUUUGCUAUUAAGUCAGUGAUUUGAUUUAAGAGGGAGUAAUGUAUGAACUUAAAAAUAUGCAAAAAAUUGCAAUUAAAGAUGUGUAAUUAUACCAGAAAAAAUAAACCGUGUAGAAACCUCAAUGUCAAUUAACUAGAUACAGUGUAAUAUCGUUCUAAAUAACACUUCACCGUUCAUUUUCCUUAUGUUACUUACAUGUGCUUUAUAUUUGUUUUAUUGUUAUUUUAUUGUUUGUUUACUUAUAUUUUAAUACUUUUCGGUAGAUAUGUAUUUAUCAUGUAUUUAGCAAUAUUAUUCCUCGAGCCCAAAUGGGCUCUGAGUCAAUGGACCAUGAGGCCGAAGGCCGAAUGGGCUAUAGACUCAGAGGCCAUGAGAGAGAAAGGAAUAAUUGUUUUAGUAAAAUCCAACUAGUCGGUAAAAAAUAUCGAGACAAAACAGCUUUGGCUAGCAAAACGCGAUUCAGCCGCCAUUGUUUUAGUUUUCAAAGCCGACGCUUUUCGCUGCUAGUGGGCUAUAACAUAUAGCCCAGUAGUAGCUAAGCCAAUCAGAACGUAGCAUUAAUAAUGGACUACUAGUUGGAUUUUACUAAAUCAUGUAUAGUCUAUAUCAUUAUAUCAUGUAGUUUUCGCUACCCGACUCGAUUUGUCAUGCUAGUGUCGGACGGGGCGUUUAAUACCGACAAACAUUUGUUGUAUUCGUGUUUGUUGUUUUUAAAAUGAGGUGUUUUAAGUGGUAAAAUAUUGUUAUAGUGAGAAUGAUAAAUUGGAUGUUGGAACCAUUUACAUGGGUAAACCGCCGGUCAUAUCACGGUAUGGACUAAUGGAAAUAAAACUCAGGACUGGUGAAUUUCGUUCAAGAAUCACGUUUAGUAAGUCCCAUUUACCAAGAAACGCCUCCAAAAUGCUCAUGCUUGUAUCAAAAAUGUGUGAGAAGAAAUGGGGCACGAAUUUCCCAGUGAAACAUUCCGGCCGGAAAACAGGACUAACUUUUCAGACAUUCCGUUGCUCCCGGAAAUUUUCCUCUUAAACUACCCAAAAAAUCGGGUUAUUUUUACUUUCUAACCGACAUUUCCGGAAGCUUUUUGUCAAUAGUGAACUUGUUUUCCGCCAGGGGACUCUAGAACACUUGCUUAGCAACAACGGACCUUUGGAUGAACCUUUGGUGGUCAAGUUCACAAGACAACUUCUUUCUGUUGUUGAUUUUCUCCACACGAAUGGAAAAAAGCGCAUUGUACACCAAGAUAUUAAAGGUUAGGUUUGAAAAGCUGUUGCCUCUUGUACGCAAGCCUGAGUGGUCGAAGGUUUUCGAAAACAGGUGUUUAUGUAAACGGAGGUUUCGUAAAGCGCUUUCCAAUGUUUUCUAUGAGAACGCAAGCUUGAACACAGGCUGGCAACAUACUAUACUUUCCCUGAAUGAGUUGCUGCGUUUCUUAUUAAAUGUUACGACUUGUCAGUGCGACGCUGUAGUCAAUAACGACGUUUAUUUUCGUACUCGUAAAUAGCACAGCAGGACGAAACUUUCUUCAUUUUCUAGGUUUGUUUAAUUGGCAACAACAACAUUGGAAGAACGUUGAAAACGUUAGUUGUAAACGGGUCUAUGUUCCUUUCAUGAUGCGAAAAUGCUAAUGUCGAUACGGAAAUUUGUUAAUGCGUUUUCGUUAACAUGAAAACCGAUGGUUUUCGAAACGCACUAGUGUGACCUCUAGUGUGGACAUUGCUUAAGUGUUAAUUGAAUAUAUUGGUUAUUUCAGGCGCGAAUAUUUUGUUGGAUGGCGCCCAGAAAAACAUAAAACUGUUUGACUUCGGAAUCUGUACAAUAAUGGAGGUAAGAUCGUGUCGUUUAUAUGAGGUUUACAUAUUCUUUUGCCCUAAAAAUAGGUAGUAAUUAUACUGGUUGGCCUCAAAUAAAUCAGCCCUUUGCCGUAUUGCCAGCCUUGCAUUCAGUCUUGUUUUAAUUCCUACUUCAAGUGACGUCUGGCAUUAGCAUCUCUACAUUAGAGAUCCUCCAAGAACAUGAGAACCAGUCGGUUUUAUUUAUACGCGUUGAGUGGACCUCAAGGCAUUCAAGGGUUUUUGUAUACCGAUCGCUUACUAAAGGGUGUUCAUUUACGAGAGGUUCCAACCAUGGUAAUCUGACUGGGAAAGAUAUGCUGUUUUUGAUGGGUGGUCGCUUAUGGGAGGUAUAAAGUCGCACAUGGAGGUUCAACUGUCCUCUUUUUUAUUGCUAGCCGCUAGCACUUAUAACAUAUUUUUGUCGUUUGUCUGAUGACUGCCUGUUGAUUUCUACAGGAACCAAGAACUCCCGCCGGUGGCCUGUUGACUAAAAAUAAUGUAGCGUCCUUUCAUUGGACAAGCCCUGAACUUCUUGCUGGAAGAGAAUUUAGUCGAAACACAGACAUCUGGUAAGCAGAAUUCAACGGCGUUCUUGCUUAUGGUGGGAUUGACUUCAUGGCUUUGCCUAUUUAAUUUCAGUCUCUUUAAUUUGUCUGAGUUUAAGGUCUGUAAAUUAUAGCAUUGCGCAGGGCUAUAUACUGUAGCGAGUAAUAUCAUCUUCUCCAUACAUUGAUGCCUUUGCUGAUUUGUGGAGUUCACGGCUUCCGCGCACGCUAGUUUACGAGAUGUUAUAUUUCACGAGCCUUUCAGUCAGUUUAGGGCUUGUUUACAUGGGGCUGGGGAAACCCCAGGCAGUAGGUGGUGUAACCCGCCUGUCCAUAUAAUGUAAUGCUGCGCGUCGAAAAUAAUGGAACGGCUUACUUCUCCGAAAUUUUGCUUCACCUCGGAAUUGAGAUUUCUUACAGUUCCUGUAUUGCUUUUAGGAGUGUUGGAUGUACAGUAGUGGAGAUGCUAACAACAAAGCCACCUUUAUUCUUUGAAUAUUUGUCUGUAAGGCAAAAAAUGUUCCGGAUUAUAAACCAUAUGAUUGAACCACCGACUGAUUGUACGUCCCUAGCGUUUGGGUUUUUAAAACGGUGCCUUUGGUAAGUUCUAUUAUCUGGUAAAGAUUUAUUUCUGUAUGGGCUGUGUGGCUUUGAAUGUGUUGAGAUGCAUGUAAUAAAACCGAAACACCCUGGAUCACAAACACAAGUUAUUCUUGUCAAAAUAUUUACUAGCUUAAUUCAGUAUUUUACUCAUUGUACUGAUCUUAAAUAGCCAGUUUAUUAAACUGAUAAUUUCCAAUGGAUUUGUAGCGGACUCACAAGAGCGGUUCAGAACUUGUGAAAUCAAAAAUCGGACUUGUAAGCAGGCCCAUAAGCGUGUUAGAAUCGGAGACGCAAAGAUCAGAACGUUUGCUUUUUGUUUUUUGUGCGACUCCGCUUAUGACUCCGUCGCGUGCGAUCAAGGGAAAACUAGAUCAUCGGAGUCGAGAGCAGAAGCAGAGGAAUAUAUCAGUUGCAAUGCUCGUUCUCAUCCGUUGUGAUUGGGGGACCAGAAGGGUGGUUCUUCCGCUUCUGCUUGCGACCUCGACAGUCUAGUUUCGUCAGGUCGUAAGCGACAGAGUCAUACGAUAAUGUGAACUGGAACUCUGUUUUCAUUAGAUUAUAAAGCUCCACGCUUCUGAUAACGACUCAGACUCUGACUCUGUUGCUGGUGAAAGAAAGCUUCCAAGCCCUAAUAUUUCCCAGCAUCCAACUGUCUAUUUUUACGAUAACAUCAUUUCGUUACAACCACCAGAAUCCUUCAAGAUUUUGUUUUCUAGUGCGAAUGGGGGCUUUUGUUCUUGAAAACUCUCUGAAAUGGGCCAUUUGCACGAUGGCGUCAUUUUACUACUACUACCAGAAUCCUUCAAGGUUUUUCUUCCUUGUGCAAAUUUGGGCUUUUGUUAUUUAAACCUCGCUGGGAUAGACCUUGUCACGGUUUUCGACGCCAUCUUGACGAGUAGGCAAACCCUUGAGAAAUUACAGUGUUUUCAUGAGACUCUAAUGUCGAAUACUUUCCGUAGAACGGCUGUUUUGAAAAACAUAUGAAUUGUAAACUAAUGUUUCACUCCUAAGGAUUCUACUGAGAAAAAUUGAGGGUGUUACGCUAGAAGACCUAGAACCACUUUUUAAAAUUUUCUAUACAUUUGUCUGUAAGAAAGUCCCAGGAAAAAAUGUAUGGAAAAUCUAAAGCAAGCCUCUGGAGAAAUUUAAGCACAGGUACGCCCCCCAAUUUUUUUAGUACAAUCCUUUGUUUUGUAGCUUUAGUGUACAACUCAUAUUUUUUUCAAAACAGCCGUUGUAUGGAAAUUAUUCGACGUUAGAUUCUGAUACACACACUGUAAUUUCUCACGCGUUUGCCUACUCGUCAAGAUGGCGUCGAAAACCGUAACAAGGUCUAUUAUCGCCAAUUUUUAAAAAAAAGAUUUUGAAAAGUUCUUUUCAUGAAUGAAAUUGCUUAAGAAAUGGGGAACAAUUUAAAGAAUUAAAGAAUAUCCAUCUUGAUUUUAUGAAAUGCAAUAUCCAAAUCUUUUCAGUUUUUUUUAUUAAUGUAUGUAAAAAAAUUCUUUCACUUUUAACCAGUCUCCAGGUGGAUAUGUUUGUAAACUGGUGAGUGUGUUCCAGCGUGUGUGUAUGAAUUAUAAACAAAUUUA